GUUGAUGGUAUAAAUGAGGUUUUGAAGUCAGAAGCAAUAACAUUGAAAAUGGAGAAACGCCUAAGGCCACUUCCAAACACCACGUUUUUUCAAAACGUUUUCCGAGGCACGUUUUUCGCAAUAUUUUUUACUUCCAAACAGCAACGAUUUAUAUUUUACAGCUGAUUUUUUAAAAAUGAAUCUUAUAAUAUUUUAUUAUGAGACAUUAUAAAAAAAACGAAAAGUAAGUAUAAUUUAUAAAUAAAGAGAUCUGUAUAUGAUCUAUAUCAAUUUAAAUGAUUCGCAAUUCUUUCACUAUCUUGGAUUAUCUAUGAAUGUUUUCUAUUAUAUACUUAACAAAAUUGAAACUAAAAUUAUACACAAACAAACUAAUGCAAAAACAACAAUAUCUCCUGAAAAGAGAUUAUUUGUUACUUUAAGAAAAAGAAUACUAAAAAAGGUGCAGACACGCAAAAGUAUCAAAAAUAUCUGAAAAAAUUAAACAAAUCCAAAAUUCUUCAUGACAAGCCUCCAAAGCAGCAGAAGGAAUUGACUAAUAAAACAUUGCCUAUAGAGCGAAAAAUUAAUUGGAGCUACCUAAAUAUCACGAAAAUGCUAAUGAGCAAGAACAUGUACCAACAAAUAUUUCGCGGAAUUUAUUAUGAUACAUGGAAUAAUAGUUAUAGAAAAGUUUGGAUCAAGAGUGCUAUAGAAGAUUCGAAUAUAAUAGCCAUGAAAGUUAUUAGAGAGGUCAUGAACGAAAUACAAGUGAUGAAAAAAAUCGAGAGACAUGAAAACAUUAGUACGUUUUACGGUUGGUGCGAAUAUCAGAGCACUUUGUACAUAAUAAUCCAAGAGCCAAAAUAUGGCGAUCUGAGGUCCUAUCUUUUAAAACGUCGCUUAAAUCCCAUUACUCAAUCGGUCCCUAAGAUGCAGAAAGAGAAUGUAAAUAAAGAUUUUAAUAACGCAAUCAUUAACAAUGAGAAUAAUGAUAAUGAAUAUACAACUUUUAACACUGCUUUAAUGAUAAGAAUAGCGCAUGAUAUUGCUAGCGGUAUGGAAUAUGUUAAUGAAUUAAAGAUAAUCCAUCGUAACUUAUGUUGUAGAUCUAUUCAUUUAGGAGAAGAUCAAUACAAUUUGACUAUUGUUGCGAAAAUAUCCGACUUUUCAUUGGCAUGUCAUUCAGAUAUAACUUUAACUAGUGACGUUAUUCAAACAUCUUUAGAUAUUCCAACUAGAUGGAUGGCGUUAGAAUCAUUGAAAUAUAAGGAAUUUAGUCAAAAAUCGGAUGUAUGGUCAUUCGGUAUUUUAUUAUGGGAAAUAGCAUCAUACGGAACUAUUCCAUACUCAGAGAUAAUUAAUGAUGAUCAAAUGAUUAUGUUGUUGAACAAAGGUUACCGCCUUUCACAACCAGAAAAUUGCAACCAAGAAUUUUAUGAUACGAUGGAGUGGUGUUGGAAUUACGAUCCCCGUGUUAGGCCCACGUUUAAUGAACUCAAAAAAUCAUUAAAAUAUUUACUAAGAAACCAAUUACAAUUACGAUUUACAACUCAAAAUGAUGAUUUCGUUAAGGAAAACAAAUUUUCCAUUAAGCCUUUAUUAACAUUUAAACAGGUUAAAGGAAAACUUCCCUCAAACUUACAAGAAAGACAAUCAUACCCAAAUUAUGUUCAGAAAAUGCAUACUGAUAAAUUUAUUGAAGACGAUAUAUCCGAAUCCUCAGAGGAAUCAUUUUGUUAAACUUAAAUUAUGUAUUAUAGUUAAAA